AUGGCAGGACAGAUGUUUAGAAAGUUUCUUCCCCUCUUUGGCCAACUUUUAGUGGAAAGGAGAGCUGCCAAAACUGUAACCAGAGGAGGCAUUAUGCUUCCAGAAAAAUCUCAAGGAACUGUAUUGCAAGCAACAGUAGUAGCUGUUAGAUUGGGCUCUAAAGGAAAGGGUAGAGAAAUUCAACCAGUUAGUAGGAAAGUUCAAGAUCAAGUUCUUCUCUCAGAAUAUGGAAGCACCAAAGUAGUUCUAGAUGAUAAGGAUUAUUUCUUAUUUAGAGAUGGUGACAUUCUCGUAAAGUAUGUAGACUGA